AUGAACUCGACGAGCACGUCUUCCAAUUGCGAUGCCUCGCUAGGCCCAACGGCGAGCCACUGCGGGGCAGCGUCGCGAUUCGACUUUACCGUUGCCUUUGAGCACUCUGCCCUUUCCAUCACUCCCUAUGUCAUUUUCUUGAGCGCCGCCAUACCGCGACUUUUCUAUCUCUGGAAGCAUAAUCGCAAAGUAGCCGGCCGGCCGCUCCACCUCAUCAUCGGCAUCACUUUUGUUGCUCUCCAGCUCACCGUACUUGUUUCCUGGUCUCUAUAUCAUGGCCCCGUCUACUCUAGGUUUGGUAUUGUCUCAUCCGCACUGGGCCUGGCGACGGCGCUCGUCAUGGCUGCGCUCAGCUACCUUGAGCAUGAGCGCACUGUCAGGCCUUCCACCGUCCUCUGUGUUUACCUUUUAUUGUCCAUUCUCUUUGAUGCCGCACAGUGUCGCACUCUCUGGCUGCUCCACGCGCAGCAACCCGCGCAGCAGCGCGCCCUGCUUCCCGCGCUCUUCACGGCGCAGCUCGCCAAUAAGGUCCUAAUGCUGCUCGUCGAGUGUCUCGGCAAAACGCGCUAUCUUAUGGGCCCCUGGCAGGCGCUGAAGCGCUGUCCUGAAGCCGUGGCCAAUGUCUUCAGCCGAUGCUCGUUUUGGUGGCUGAAUGACUUGCUCACCCGCGGCUUCAGCGCGACGCUAGACCUGGAUACGCUGUAUGAAACAGACGAGGCACUACGCUCCUCAAAGCUCGUCUCUGAGUUUCAGGGGCGUAUAGUGGAAACAAAACCAUCCAAAUAUAGGCUGCCGUUGGUCAUCGCGGCAUGCCUCAAGGUGACGCUCAUCAAGACGGUCAUUGCGCGAGUGUUUGUGACUGGCUUCAAGUUCGCUAAGCCAUUCUUACUUCAAUACAUUAUUACAUUCGUGCAAAACGACCAGAAGGGUGGCGAAUACCACAAGGACAUUGCCUUCGCUCUUAUUGCGGCGACUGGGCUGUUGUUUAUUGGCACGGCGGUAGCGACCGGGUUCUAUAACCACCACCUGAACCGCAGUCUUGUCAUGAUUCGUGGGGGCCUCAUCUCGCUCGUCUGCACCGAGUCCCUGGGCGUCUCUACGGCUGUGGCUUCCGAGAUGGCUACGCUCACGCUGAUAGGACCGGAUGUCGAAGUCGUCUGCAACGCCUGCUCCGGCGUGCACGACCUUUGGGCGAAUCCCGUUGAGAUUGGUCUCGCCACUUGGCUUCUGGCUCGGCAGCUGGGAGUCGGCUGUGUCGGGCCCGUUGCCUCUGCGCUACUCUGUUUCAUUCUCAUGAGUCAGCUCCCGAAGCGCAUGGGGCCGGCCAUCAAGGCCUGGAACGUCGCCAUUCAAAAGCGGGUGUCCGUCACAUCACGAGUGGUCGGCUCCAUCCGAGAAACAAAGAUGCUGGGCCUGGUGCCAGUCUGCCUCGACUACAUCCAGUCCCUUCGCGUCUUUGAGCUCAAAGAGUCGAGGCAGUUCCGCAUGCUCAUUGUGUAUAUGAACCUUUUAGGCAAUCUGAGCCCUUCUUUGGCUCCCAUCUUAACGUUUGGUAUUACUCUUGCCGCCAAACGCCACGCUGCUAAUAGUGGCCUCGACAUCUCUACAGUCUUCACAUCACUGUCCAUUAUGGGCUUACUGAUGUCUCCCUUGGCCAACCUGCUCUCUUCUUUCCCCAGCUUUGUUAGUUCUUUGGGUAUCUUCGAGCGUUUCGAGGAUUUACUCAAGCAGACCAAAUUUCACGACACAAUUGUGAACCAUAACCGUGAUCGUGGCACUGCUCCUUCGAAGAGCACACACUCUGUCAUUGAGCUCAGUCGCAUACCUGAAAAUCGCAUCACUCUGCGCAAGGCUUGCCUUUCAGCCGAGAUUGGCGGCGAGGCUCUUCUGCACGACAUUGAUCUGACUAUCAAACCUGGAGAACUUUGCGUCGUCUCCGGCAAAGUCGGCUCUGGUAAGAGUCUUCUCUUGCAGGCACUUCUUGGUGAGCUCCCGGUCGUCGAUGGCAAUGUUCAUAUUGAUGUGGCUCGAUUUGGAUACUGCUCCCAAUCGGCCUGGCUCUUUAAAGGGACCGUUCGCGACAACAUUGUAGGCUGGACGACGUCCGAUUUUGACGAGACGCGGUACAACACCGUCAUCAAGGCAUGCGAUCUGGUCAAGGACCUUGCUCAAUUAAGUGAUGGUGACAUGACGGUUCUGUCAACCAAAGGUGACUCCUUGAGUGGUGGUCAGAGACAUCGUGUGGCACUUGCACGGGCUCUUUACGCCGCACCGCCUGUCUUUGUGAUUGACGAUAUUUUUGCGAGUUUGGAUCCGACGACGCGAAGAUAUGUCUGGGAGCAAGUUUUUGGCCCAUUGGGCCUUGCGCGAGCGCUCGGUAGCGCUGUGAUCAUUGCUACCCACUCAGGUGAGUUCCCGCCUUUUCAAGCACGCAUAUCUCCUGCUGACGUUUCGCAAGUGCACAUCAUGGAGCGAGCAGAACACGUUGUUAUAAUGGAACAUGGCCGCAUAUUACGACAAGGCCCUUACACAGCCGCUCCUAUCCAAAAAUACCCCGCCCAGGGAAAUAAUACGGGCUCUAGCGACGAACAACCGAAACAGACGCCGGCAGCGGCGAACAGCACGAAUGACGCCGCGGUAAGCAAGGAAAAAGACAUUAAGCAGCAAAUUGACGACCUAGUGCAAUCGCAGGGUGACACGUCGCUAUACUGGUACUACUUCAAGUCUGUUGGGUGGAAAUAUGGUCUUAUAGGACUAUCGCUUGCUACGAGUGUAGAGGUGUUCCUUGUUAUGGGGCAAAUUUGGCUGAAAUGGUGGACCGAGUCCAACUUUUCCGGCAACAAAAUUAGCGACGCUAUGUACUACGGUGUAUAUUGCCUAUUCGGUUUGGCAAAGCUUAUCUCGUUGGGGUUUGACGUUUGGUUCAUGUUCAUUGUGAUUAUCCCCAGAUCAGCUCGCAAGCUUCACUGGAAAUUGCUCCGAACUACGUUGCAGGCUCCAAUGUCAUUUUUCGCAUCCAAAAGCAUCGGCAGUCUUGUCAACCGAUUCAGCCAGGACAUGACCCUCGUUGACCAAGAUCUGCCCAUCGCCGUCUUUACUUCUCUCAAGGGUUUAUUAUCCGUUAUCGGUUCCGGUGCUCUCGUCAUGCUCGGCUCCGCUUACCUCGCAGCUACCAUCCCGGCUGCGCUGGCCCUCCUCUACGCCCUGCAAAAGUUCUACCUGCGCACUUCGCGCCAGCUACGUCUCUUGCAACUCCGCGCCUCGACCCCUUUAUUCUCGUACCUCGUUGAGAGCGCCGAAGGACUCGCCACCGUCCGCGCCUUUUGCUGGGAGAUUCCUCUACAGCACCAGGCCGUGUCCCUAGUCGACCGCUCCCAGCGUCCGUACUAUCUGCUGUAUGCCAUUCAGCGCUGGCUGGCGUUUGUCUUGGACAUGAUGGUGGGCGGGUUGGCCGUGAUACUUGUCGCGCUGGCCGUUGUGGUGCGGCAGUCCGGACCCGGGAGCGUGGCCGUCUCGCUUUUUAACGUCUUGGGCUUUAGCACUGUGCUGGCGCAGCUCGUCACAUCCUGGACACAGCUCGAAACGUCGCUAGGCGCAAUUGCGAGGCUACGAACGUUUGAGCAGACGACGCCGCGGGAGCUGCAGAAGCCAGGCACAAAGGAGCCGCCGUUCGACUGGCCCUCGCGGGGCGCAAUCGAAAUUCGCAACCUCUGGGCCUCAUACAGGAGCUCUAAUCUGGCGCCGGCUACUGCAUUCGAUCCAAGCACUAGUGUAUUUUCGGAUGCGCCAAUCGGCGAGAAUGAUUUGCCAGUGCUGCGGCAGCUCACUGUGUCCAUCCGACCUGGAGAAAAGGUCGCUAUCCGCGGGCGCACUGGUAGUGGUAAGUCCUCACUCGUGCUCACGCUCUACCAGCUCCUCCGCUAUAGCGGCACUACAAUAAUCGACGGUGUCGAUAUCUCUCUCGUGCCACUCGACACGCUCCGCACGCGACUCAUCAGCGUACCGCAAGAACCCUAUCUUUUCCCCGCCACCAUUCGCUUUAAUCUCCGCCCAGGCGCCUGUUCGUCUUCCGCCGACGACGAAAAGCUGCUAGAUGCAUUGGCUCAAGUCUCGCUCAGAGACACUGUCCUCGCCGUUCCAGGCGGACUCGACGCCAACGUCGCUGACGUAUGCCUUUCACAAGGGCAGAAGCAGCUCUUCAGCCUCGCGCGCGCGCUCGUUAUCAAAAACGACCGGGAGAGCUCUGGUGGGAUCCUGGUACUCGACGAGGCUACGAGCGCGAUGGAUACUGCGACAGAGCGCUUGAUGAUGGAUGUAGUUGAGGGUGCCUUUGCGAAUUACACGGUACUGGCGGUGGCGCACCGGCUUGAGAGCCCUGCAUCUGCUGCCAAUCAGCUCCAGUCCACUAUUGACCCGUGUGCUUUAGCUGUGUCUCAGGUGCCCGAGCUGCACCUCGAUUUGGCCACGCUACUACAGCUGCCAAACCGGAUUUCCGGCGCCGCCCCUAUCAUACAAGCAUUUCACUCCUUCAAAUCCGGCAUCGUCACGCAGAAUUCGCUCAUCAUGGCCGACUCGGACGAUUAUCUGCAGGACGGCUUUAAUCCGCGCAGCGUCACCAUUCCACGUUUGCGAUCCAUCCUUGUCACGCACAACAUUGAUUAUCCAUCCACUGCAAAGAAGACACAGCUCGUCGCUCUGGUCGAGGAACACGUUUUGCCUCAGGUCCCCAAGCUGCGAGCUCAGCGAGCUCGCGCAAAGCGCUCCAGUCUUGGCAUCGUAAAUGCCGGCAGUGCGCAAGAUAACGGGCUCUGGGAUGAUGACGAGCUUUCGCCACCCCGCCCUACCUCGCGACGUUCGAAGUCUCCACGCAAGAGUUCCGCGCGUAUCAAAGUCGAGGAAGAGGAGCCUGCUACCCCUUCAUUCCGAGAUGAGCCUAGGCGUAACUUGCGCGCAUCACGCUCGGCUAGCAGGCAGCUCUCCCACGGCCCGGAGGAUGAUGCCCACCUCUACGCUGCACCUGCUUCUUCUCGCCGUUCCAGUCGCCGAACCGUCACGCCUCAAAUAAAGCCUGAGCCUGUGCCCGAGCCCGAAUUUGAGCCAGAACCCGAAGUUGAGGAGCAGGAGGAUGAGUCCGAAGAAGAUGAAGAGGAGAAUAUCGAGACGGAGGAUUUUGGAGAGGAAUCGACACAGUACGAAGAAGAGCCGAGCGUCUUUACCGAUGAAAACCCCUUCCAAGGCGGAAGCUCUCCACCUCCAGUGCAGACGCCCAACCGCCGGAGAACCGUGAGCGUCGAGCCCGUAAAGAGCGCAAAGUCUGCUCGUCGUCGUACAGCGCUUGGAACAGAAUCCACUCGCACCUCGAGACGGUUUGAAAUGGCGACACCCCCUAGCCGCUACAAAACCCCAGACCAUCUGCUCGAGCCGGGCGAAGAGUUCACUCCCGACGAGCAGUUGGAGCUUGAGGAUGAAGCAGCUAGCGGCGACGUAGCAGCUAUACACCGACAGGCCGUCGUGAAACGCAGGCCCCGUCGCAACAUCAAGACUCCCUUCUUUGUACUCUUGAUGGCGCUUUUUGGCGCUUAUCUUGCCUGGUUUCGACAGGAAAAGAUGGCUGUUGGAUACUGUGGCCUAGGACGGCCUGCGAAACAGAUUAUUCCGCCAGAGAUUCCCGUCCCAGACAUUAUUAUGCCCUUUAUUGAGCCAGAGUGUGAAACGUGCCCCCAACACGCCUUCUGCUACGAGGACUUUACCGUCCGAUGCCAGGAUGAUUUCAUUUUGAAGCCGCACCCACUUGCCCUCGGCGGACUUAUUCCUCUGCCGCCCACUUGCGAGCCUGACAGUGAAAAGGCUCGACGUGUACAGGCAGUUGCUGACAAGGCCAUCGAGGAACUCAGGGAUCGUCGUGCAAAGUACGAGUGCGGAGAGUUGACAAACGAUGCUGGCGAACAGCAAGACUCUCCCACUAUUGCCGAGGAGGAACUCAAGGCUACUGUUAGUCAGAAGCGCAAUAAGCGCAUGAACAGCCAAGAGUUUGACGAGCUUUGGGAAGCUGCCAUUGGCGAGAUUACCGGCCGAGAUGAAGUCGAGGCUCAAACGACGACGCCCGAAUCGCCCAAUUCCCCCAGUGUUCCAAUUCGAAAGUUAUCGUCCACCUCUCUCGCUCGCCUUCCGUUCCGCUGCGCGGUCAAACGAUCCAUCCGCAGCGGACUGGCAAGAUAUCGACUCCCAAUUGGACUUUUGAGCAUGCUUGUCCUUGGUGUACUAUAUCUUAGAGCCAGCUACCGCAAGCACCUCGCUACCUCUGCUCAGAUUCCGGCUCUUGUGGACACCGUACUGGGGAGACUGGCCAAUCAAAAGGAGCUCGGUGAUGAGGAUCUAGACGAGCCCUAUCUGUUUCUGCCUAACCUGCGAGACGACGUUCUCCGCUCUGUCCACUCGCUGGCCGAGAGAGACCGCAUAUGGCAGCGCGUACGAGCUGUGGUAGAGCAGAACAGCAAUGUUCGCACAAGCCAGAGAGAAGGUCGCAGCGGCGAGGUCGGCCGCGCUUGGGAAUGGAUUGGCCCUAGCAAGGGUGAGGGUGCGAGACGACGACGCAGCGGGCGGGUCUCGUGGGCACCGUCGGACAUGGGCGAAGAGACGCCCGAGUCUAAACCAGAUGUUCAAGUCAAAAAAGAAGUCAAAGAGUGGGAUGAGCCAAGGCCGAUCUAUUAA